AUGGCUAUUAGAAGGUGUUUUCCAGAUGCUUUUCAUGGACUUUGUGCUGUUCAUUUAUUUAGAAAUCUAAAAGCAAGGUCUCCCGGUAUAAAGCAUCACAAAUGGACAUACUGGAAAGCGGUGAAAGCUUAUCGAGAAGUGGACUUUAAUAGGCAUAUAAAUCGUUUGAGACAUGUUUUGCCUGAAGCUGCUCGAACACUAGAUGAUAUAGGGUUUGAAAGAUGGUCAAGAGUGCACGCUCUUGGAGCAAGGUAUGGUUUCAUGACAUCUAAUAGUGCAGAAUCAAUCAACUCUCAAAGUCGUCAUUCAAGAAAAUUACCAAUUACUAUGUUAAUGGAGUUUUUCCGCACAUCUCUUCAAGAGUGGUAUUAUAGGAAAAGAAACGUUGCAGAAACAUUGGAACAUCGUGUUACACCAUGGACAGAAAAAAAGAUUGCAAAACGUGUUGUGAAGUCAACAUCAUGGAGAGUUGAGCCUUGCUCAAACACAUUGUUUGAAGUUAUAGAUCAUAACUUGAAUGGGCUUGUCGAUCUAAAUGCAAAGACGUGUACUUGUGGGAAAUGGCAAACUUCUGGUUUUCCAUGUGGUCAUGUUAUAAAAGUUGCUCUUCAUCUAAACCAAGAUGAUUCAAGUGUAUAUGCUAUGGAGUGCUACACUUCAGAAGCAUAUCGUCAGACUUAUGCUGAGAUUGUCUAUCCCAUGCCACAUCCAUCUGAAUGGGAGAUACCAGAUGACUUACAAACAGUUUUGCCACCGGUUAUGGACAGAAGGCUACCUGGCCGACCCAAAAAUCGUGAUCGUAUUCUGUCUAAGGGUGAGGAGAAGAAAAACCCGACAUGUAGUCGUUGCAAAGAACGUGGUCAUACAAGGAUUACAUGUGGAGCACCCAUGUUGUCACAAACAUCUUUUCCUCCACCCACAGAAUAUGGAUGUUCGUCAAAAUCAAAAGUUCAUUCGACGGAAAGUAAAGGGAACUCGAGAUCCCAACCAAAGUCGAAGUCACACUCAUCACCUUUUGGGACUAUCAAUUUAAGGGAUUUUUAG